GCGGCCCCUCCCCCUGACCCAUGGUGCCGGACCCCGGGGACCCAGGCCGUCCCGAGGUGUCCCUGGGGGCCAGGCCAGAGGACUCGGCGCCUGAGAGGCCCGCGCCGACCGCGUCGCCUCCGCGGGAGGCUGCCGACCACCCUCAGCCCUCGGCCUCGUCGCCCUCUCUGUCCUCCCCGCGGCCGCCCACCGCGAGCCCGCGGGUGGGCAGGUCGCCGCUGCGCCGGGCCAGGUGGGGCGGGAUGGCGGCCGGCACGUUGCUGGAGGCCGGCCUGGCCCGGGUGCUCUUCUACCCGACGCUACUGUACACAGUGUUUCGCGGGAAGAUGCCGGGCCGCGCGCACCGCGACUGGUACAACCGCAUCGACUCCACCGUGCUGCUGGGCGCGCUGCCGCUGCGGAACAUGACGCGCCGGCUGGUACAGGACGAGAACGUGCGCGGGGUGAUUACCAUGAACGAGGAGUACGAGACGAGGUUCCUGUGCAACUCCUCAAAGGAGUGGAAGAAAGUAGGAGUCGAGCAGCUGCGGCUCAGCACAGUGGACAUGACUGGAGUCCCAACCUUGGCUAACCUCCAGAAAGGAGUCCAGUUUGCUCUCAAGUACCAGUCGCUAGGCCAGUCUGUCUAUGUGCAUUGUAAAGCUGGGCGUUCCAGAAGUGCCACUAUGGUGGCAGCAUAUCUGAUUCAGGCGUAUAGUUGGACUCCAGACGAGGCUGUAAGAGCCCUAACCAGGAUCCGGUCACACAUCUACAUCAGACCCGGCCAGGUAGAAGUUCUCAAAGAGUUCCACAAGGUGAUUACUGCAGGAGCAGCAAAAGAUGAGACUCGUCAUACAUCACAGACGUGAAGUACAUGCAUUAGAAAGAACUCAAGACAACCCUGCUUGCUGCAGAAUGAAAAUGUUUAACAGGACCAAAGGGGCUUAAGCCCAGACUGGACGUAACAGAAGUGUGCUAAGUAAUGGUUAAUUUUGCCCCCUUUGUCUUGUUUUUUCCUGAAAUAACACCAUUGAAUGGCUAGAAA